UUCCCAAGUUCCAUCCGUUGGACUUUGGGACUUGGGAGGAAGACAGGAAAAAUGAAAGAGACUAGAGAGAAGACUUUCAUUUGACAAAAAUGGAACACUUAAAAGGUGAAAGAAAAAGAACAGCAGCUUAAACUAAACACCCAAAAACAACGGCAUUAAUUAUCACCAUAUGCAAAUUUUGGCUAUGAUGAUUGAUGAGAUCUUUGGAAAAAGGAGAAAUCAUUUCCCCAUUUUUCCUUUCUCCUUUUACUUCCCUUCCAUUCCAGCUCGUAAUUUUUUUUUCCUUGGCAUUUAUAGCUGACGAAGGAGCCAAAAAGAAAAAAAAAGGAAAAGGAAACCCUGCUCCCACUUCCCCUCUUCUUCUGCUACUCCUUUCUGCAUCUCUUUUCCACCUAAUCGCUCACCUUUUCCCUCGACCCUCAUUUCCAACGAUCAGAGGAAGGAAUUUUUUUUUCUGGGUUUUGUAGAGGUAGGAGUUUGCUGAAAUGGGUAACCUGAUUUGCAUGGCGAAGAAGGAUGGUGGAAGCAAAGGCAACAAUGGAUCGAGGAGCAGCAGGAGGAUGGGCGUGAACAGGUCGCAGAGGAAGUUAUUGGCUGAAGAAGAGUUGCUCCAUAGGCAAGCUCUGUCCAUGGCGCUUCACCAGCAUCAGUUGUCUCAGCGAUUCGAUAACGGAUCCAUGUCUAGAAGGAUCGGGUCCACUAGCUCCCGCAGGAAAAAUCUGCCUGAUGCUGAUGCUUUGGCCAAUGGGGGGAAGCAGGAUAAGGUGCCUGAGAACCUGGAGAAUAUCAAGAUAAAGAAGUUUGUUCUGAUACAUGGAGAAGGUUUUGGCGCCUGGUGUUGGUAUAAAACCAUUGCUCAAUUGGAGGAAGUAGGUCUUGUUCCAGUUGCCUUAGAUCUGACAGGAUCUGGUAUUGACACCACAGAUACAAAUUGCAUUAAGACAUUAGCAGAGUACUCGAAACCAUUGAUUAGCUAUUUGGAAAACCUCCCAGAGGAUGAAAAGGUUGUUAUUUUGGUUGCUCACAGUACUGGAGGUGCAUGCGUCUCUCAUGCGUUGGAGCUUUUCCCUGGAAAGAUAUCCAAAGCUAUCUUUGUCUGUGCUACAAUGGUGUCUGAUGGUCAGAGACCAUUUGAUGUGUUUGCUGCAGAGGUAAGAUUAUGGAUCUUUGAAUUACGAAAUGUUAGCAUCCUUUCGAUAACCAUUAGAGAUCAUUGAUGUAAGAGGUCGUUUCGAUGAUUGAUUUUGGCAAAAGAUUGUGCACCACUAUCAUUCUGUGAGGGACUGGUCAAAAUAAUCUGUUUGGAUGUGCAAAAUGGACGGUUUUCAAAUCUCUUCAGUGUUGACAAUCCACUUCUACAGAUCACUCAUCCAAAUAAAAAUGUUCCAAACCUAUCUAUUUGAUACCCAUUGAUUUCAACAAUCCAUCUACUCUAAGAAUCCUUCAUUCAAAUGCCCCUUAAGAAUGUCAAGGUAAUUCGUCAUUAAAUCUUUAUGGCAAACCACCUCAUUAGUCCAUUCUUUAUGGAUAUGCAUUAGUAGUUAAUCCCUCACUCCAUUUUUUGGGGCUUCCCAAGUAAAAUUCUUAGCAAUCUCGGUACUAGUACUCCUCUUUUCUUUAUGCCUUUCUAUAGCCAAAGUCUUGAUACCAAAUAAUGACUGAAGUUCCGCCAUUGCAGCUUGGUUCUGCUGAUCGCUUCAUGCAGGAGUCGCCAUUUCUGAUUCAUGGGAAUGGAAAGGACAAUCCUGCCACAGGCUUCAUGUUUGAAAAACAGCUGAUGAAAGGUUUAUACUUCAAUCAAUCACCGACGAAGGAUAUUGCUCUUGCAAUGGUUUCCAUGAGACCCUCGCCCCUAGGUCCAAUAAUGGAGAAGCUGUCACUAACACCGGAUAAAUAUGGGACUUCUCGACGUUUCUAUAUUCAGACGCUUGAUGAUCGUGUUCUCUCACCAGACGUUCAAGAGAAGCUGGUGGGGGAAAACCCGCCGGAAGGAGUGUUCAAGAUCAAAGGAAGCGAUCAUUGCCCAUUCUUUUCCAAGCCUCAGUCGCUGCACAAGAUAUUGGUUGAGAUUGCUCAGAUUGAGUAGGACUGCUGGUAUAGUAAAGAAGAAAGCAAAGAAAGGACCUCAGGUUAACUUACAAGUAGACAGUUAGUUGUCUUUGUAGAUUGUACACAGUUCCUUUGCCUUUAUACAAAUACUCUCUCUAUGGGUUGUUCUAUUUGUCAUCAAAGUUAUGGAUAUAGGAAAGAAAAGGAAAACGCAUGAUGUGUCAAUGAUUUUAAUUGGUUCAAGAGAUGACACUGAGUGGUAGAUUACUAGUAGAUAUUGGAUUAGGGAGUGUUUCUCCUCCUCGCUCAAAAACUUGAGAUGCUGUCAAAUAACAGAAGAGCGCACUUUCAGCAGGUCACUGCAUGUU